AUGGCCCGCAAUAUUUUCAAAGCUAAAGUCAUUGGUAUCGAUCUGGCUUGGAAGGCUGAAGCGUUGGGCUCGAGAGCUGCCGAUACCUUUGACGAAUUCAUUGCCGCCCCCGACCAGGCGACUGACUGGGACGAGUUCCAAAGAAGCAUUUCCGACGCUUGCCAAAGACUACGUAAUGCCAAAGAGGCUCGGCGGAACGCCGAAUAUCUCGUUGUUACAUCAGGUUGCGAAACGGCUUUCGAAGGCCUGAUCGAUUACGUUUGCGAUGGAGGCUCAGUCAUAUGCGUCGGGGUUCCGAAAUCAAGAGGAAAUUUGAUCAUACCCUUGGCUUUGAUGGUGGAACGUUCGAUUAGAUUCCAGGGUCUCCUGAUGGGUGGAUGGGAUGAGAGUUAUGAGGUUAUGGAGUACAUCAAACAGGGAAAGCUACGGCCGCUUGUGGUAGAAGCCUGCCUGGAGGAAGUUCCGUCUCGAAUGAAGGCCUUUCAAGACCAUCUUAAUAUCGGGAAGGUCGUUGUCAGGAUGGACGAUUCAAUUUGGCAAGAACGUCUUGUUUGA